AGAUAUGAUGAAGAUAUCGCGAGAACACGGAGCGGAAACAGUCUGAGUCUGUAGAGAAGAACAACAUGGAACAAGACCAGACCCGGAUCAAAGAGGAGAACCAGGACCCGGAUAUAACGGGCCAGACCCGGAUCAAAGAGGAGGACCAGGACCCGGAUAUAACGGGCCAGAUCCGGAUCAAAGAGGAGGACCAGGACCCGGAUAUAACGGGCCAGACCCGGAUCAAAGAGGAGGACCAGGACCCUGAUUUAACGGGCCAGACCCGGAUCAAAGAGGAGAACCAGGAACCGGUUUUCAUGGACACGGAUCUCUACAAGAUCGUGAUUAAAGAGGAGAACCAGGAAACGGACCAGUUUAACAUCGUGAUCAAGGAAGAAAACCAGGACCCGGAGUAUGAGCAGACCGGACUGGAGGAGGAGAACCAGGAGCAGUUCAGAGUUCAGGACUCAAUGAAACACAGACACACAGAUGUCCAUCACACCAAAGAGAGGAAACACAGCUGUGAACAAUGUGGGAACAGUUUCACAACAGCCAGUCACCUAAAAACCCAUCAGCGUGUGCACACCGGAGAGAGGCCGUACAGCUGUGGUCAGUGCGGGAAAUCUUUCACAGAUUCGUUUCGAUUAAAAACCCAUCAGCGUGUUCACACCGGAGAGAGACCGUACCGCUGUGACGAGUGCGGGGCAGCGUUCAGCCGGUCGUGUUACCUUCAAAUCCACCAACGUAUCCACACCGGAGAGAAACCCUACAGCUGUGACCAGUGUGGAAAAGCAUUUGCGACGUCAAGUAAGUUGACGGUCCACCGACGCAUCCACACCGGAGAGAAACCGUACGAAUGUGACUUUUGUGGGAAGGCUUUUGCAAUUCCGAGCAGUUUAAAAAGUCACUUACGCAUCCACACCGGAGAGAAACCGUACGUCUGUGCUGAGUGUGGGAAAGGUUUCAGUCGCUCGAGUAUCCUGAAGAUGCACCAACGUGUCCACAGCACGGUGAUAUCGCGAGAACACGAAGAACAAAGACUGGCGCCAACAGUCCAGCUGAGAGAAGACAUGGACCAGACCCGGGUCAAAGAGGAGGACCAGGACCCGGGCUUCAUGGACCAGACCCGGGUCAAAGAGGAGGACCAGGACCUGGGCUUCAUGGACCGGACCGAGGUCAAAGAGGAGGACCAGGACCCGGGCUUCAUGGACCAGACCCGGGUCAAAGAGGAGGACCAGGACCCGGGCUCCAUGGACCGGACCGGAGUCAAAGAGGAGGAGCAGGACCCGGGCUUCAUGGACCAGACCCGGGUCAAAGAGGAGGACCAGGACCCGGGCUCCAUGGACCGGACCGAGGUCAAAGAGGAGGAGCAGGACCCGGGCUUCAUGGACCGGACCGAAGUCAAAGAGGAGGAGCAGGACCCGGGCUUCAUGGACCAGACCCGGGUCAAAGAGGAGGACCAGGACCCGGGCUCCAUGGACCGGACCGAGGUCAAAGAGGAGGAGCAGGACCCGGGCAUCAUGGACCAGAACCGGGUCAAAGAGGAGGACCAGGACCCGGAUCAGGCCGCUGGUCUUCAGAAACGGAAACGCACAAACAACCAUCGGAGCACCAAACAGAAGAAACCGUUCCGCUGUGAUGAAUGUGGUAAAACGUUUACAACUUCAGCUAAUUUAAAGAUCCAUCAACAUGUCCACGGCGAACAGAAGCGGUUCAGCUGCGAUCACUGUGGGAAAACGUUUACGACCUCGAGCAGUUUACAGAUUCACGAGCACAUCCACACAGGAGACAAACCGUACGCCUGCGACCAGUGCGGGAAAAGUUUCUCUCGUGCUUAUCGAUUAAAACGACAUCAGCACAUUCACACCGGAGAGAAACCACACAACUGUGACCAGUGUGGGAAGUCUUUCAUUGAGCUCAGUUACCUGAAGGAGCAUCAGCUCAUUCACAGUGGAGAGCGAGCGUUCAGCUGUGACCAGUGUGGGGCGGCGUUCAGCACGUCGCGCUACCUUAAGCUCCACCAACGCUAUCACGCUGGUGAGAAACCGUACAUCUGCGACGUGUGUGGGAACGCUUACCCACAAAUGAGCAGUUUAACGAAUCAUCGCCGCAUUCACACUGGAGAGAAACCGUAUGCCUGUAACCAGUGCGGCGCUCUGUUUGCACGGUUAGGAGCCCUGAAGAGCCACAGGCGUGUUCACGCUGCGGAGAAUCAACACGACUGACGAGUGGGAACGUUUACAGUAACCCAAGAAAUGUGAAAACUCACGUGUUCACACCAGAUUACAGUCGCCAACAAAUCAUGAGACAUUUUUAGCUUCAAAAUCAGAAACUGGAACAGAUUGAAUCAUCUGACAAUUAAAAUGUUCACGUUUCAGUGAAGAACCCGAAGAUUCUUUACUUGCUUUUAUUUUGGAGCUUGUGAACUCUGGUUUUGAAGUCGAUGAACAUUUCAAAUUUUGUGUCAAUGUUAGCAUAUAUUUUUAAUAAAAUCUUUUUUCAGUAAAAUGUCAAA